UCCCCGUCUCCUCAAAAUCAUUCAUUUUCCAUUCAACAAUUCAAUUCAAAUCCAUCCAUGGCUGGUUCUUCAAGAGCUCUGUUUCUUCUCACCUUACUCCUCUUCAGCUUCUCAGAAGCUACAGAGAUUCUGGUCGGAGGCAAACCCAAUGCCUGGAAACUCCCAUCUUCCCAAUCUCAGUCGCUCAAUCAAUGGGCCGAAACCUCCCGCUUUCGCGUCGGCGACACUCUCGUGUGGAGCUACGAAGAAGGAAAAGAUUCGGUACUGAAAGUGGGAAAGGAAGAUUACGAAGCCUGCAACACCCAAAACCCAGAACAGAGGUUCGAGGAUGGGAACACCAAGGUCGAGCUACACAAACCAGGCCCAUUCUACUUCAUCAGUGGCGCAAAGGGUCACUGCCAACAGGGUCAGAAGCUGGUCGUCGUCGUUGUCACUCCUCGCCGGAGAUUCGUCAGCUUCUCCCCGGCGCCUUCUCCGACCGAGAUUGAGGGUCCUGCGGUUGCUCCGUCGAGUGGUGCUGCGAGUUUUAAUGUUGGGUUUUUAGCGGCGGUCGUCGGAAUCUUGGGUCUUGGAGUUGGUUUCCUCUGAGGAUUGGCAGAGAAUUUGGGAUUUCUUUGGGCAGUGAUUUGAAUUAGAUUUGGAUGUAGCUCAACAAUCCAUUCGGAUUAUUCAAACAUUUUAUUAAUAUAUUCAUUAAUUUU